AUGAACGGUACAUUGGCCGAUCAAUUGCAAAGCCAUCUGGCCAACUACGGCCAGCCGAUGAUCAACUCGCAACGCGGCGGCGGAAACGACGAUUCAUCGAUGUACAUGAACGGCUCAUCUGCGUCAGUAUCCAACAUCAACGGAUCAUCCUCGAUGGGCAAUGAUCAGAAGUUUCCCUCCUAUAAACGAAUGGCUCAACGUGAGUUUAUCAGCUUAGACGCCUUCUGAAGAAAUCCACGGCUUGUUCUUGAUGUUAUACUUUCAGGUAGGAAAGUUCCGGAAGGAGAGCUUUGUGCGGUUUGCUCGGAUCUUGCGACUGGAUAUCAUUAUGGAGUUGCCAGCUGUAAUGGAUGGUAAGUGACGUGAGGCGGGUUGUUUGAACUUUUAGUCUUCUCCCUUCCUUCAUUGAAAUGAGGGCCAUCUUCUUGUGCUAGUCGUUUUGCACUCGGAAGCUCUCUGCUCUCCGGGGACCGCCGCCGUGUUCUUUGCUCGACUCUCCUAUCUCUUUCGAUCAACUUUUCGGGGGGUUGUAAAAAGAAGAAGAAGAUCUGGAUGAAAUGUGAUAAUGCGCCGGAAAGAGAAUGAGAAAAAAUUUGGUCCCUUUCUUUUUCUGCAUUAGGCUCCUUCUGUUCCGGUGGUCGGGUCGAUCACCCAAAAAACUGAACUCUCCUGGUUCUUUGGUCCGUUUGCCCCUUUCUCUCCCCAUCCAUAGGCAUGUCAAAACCAAACACAAUGCUUUGUGUCUCCUGUCAAAUUCACCUCCCUCUCUCUCUCUCUCUCUCUCACACACUUGCUCCCGAAAGGCCGCAUGAAAGAAAAGAAAAGGAAACGAGGAAAGGACCCGUGGAGGGGAAAAAAGAGCGAUCAAGUAGAAAAUCGCGUCACGUUUUCAAGAGCAUGCAGAAGCACGAGGCAAUUUAGGGAGAGCGAGGGCCCCGAGAGCUGUGUCGUAGAAGAAAAAUCCACUAAAUUUUCGCUCCUUGCGCCGUGCCUAGAAAGGAAAUGGACCGAGAAGGGGGUUUCUCGAGUCUCAACUAACAAACAAACAUAAUUAUUUUUCGUCUUUGGAAAGUGAGUCAGAGAAUGAGAAUGAUAAUUAAAAUCAGGCUUGAGAAGCCUCAAGGAAAUUAGCGAUGGUCUUUGUACUCCGCGGGCUCUUCUUUCGAAACACCAGGGUUCCGUUGGUCUUGAAGAAAAAGAUGAAAAGAUGCAUAUAAUUCGAUAUUCAAGUCCAUGAAUCAUAACCGAAUUAGGACUCUAUUCGAGUCCAGGAAAGUGGAAAUUGAGCACCAGAAAUCUAUCCCGGCCGGGGUGGCGUGUAGCAGCAGGGAGGAUUCAAACUUGAAUUUUUCAGCAAAACAUUCUUCCGGCGGACAAUUGUAAGCGAGCAAACCUUCAUUUGUCAGUACAACGGGAACUGUGAUGUUAACAAAAGUGAGUUGCCCCAGCCAUCCGCCCACGCAUUUUUGGGUUCAAUGGAGCAUACUCGGAAAAUUUGUUACACUUGCUAAUUGUCGGUGCGCAGAAGCUGCACAGGCACAAGUGGUUUUUGAUCAUGUACUUUUCCGACGACGCCUUCCCUUUUGCAGACAUCCGAUGUGCCUGUCGUCACUGCCGCUUCAACAAGUGUCUACUUGUCGGAAUGGACGCAAAAGGUGAGAGCCGUAAUGAUAUCUGAAACCGGCGCGGCUGAAAAUAGAAUAAAUGCGAUUCGGUGCGGAUUCAUAAUGAACAUGUCUCAACGACAACCCGCGUCUCAUUAACACCGGCGCCGUAUUUGGGUCCCGGCGCGAUGACGUUGGAUGCGCUCGUAGAUUUUUGAGCCGUUAGUUGGGCGCAUCAAAACGUGGAAAGGUCUUCAGUCUCUCUUUCUUCCUCAUUUUCUCUCUCAGUCUCUUUUCAUUUCUAACUUCCUAUCUCAUUUAUUCAUUCAUUCGCUGUGAAAAUGAGAAGAAGAAACGGGAUGCGCGGUGAAAACAACCCGUAAAGCAUGACAAUUAGAGCCACGGUCGCCGUCUCCGCUUCUUUUAUUUAUUCCGGGACGAAGAGCAAAAUCCUGAACGCGCACACGCGUGCUCAUACACGCACACGCACACGACACCUCUGGAAAACACCAAAAACGAGAUCUUUGGCGUCGUUUUGAAGAAAAUGUGUUGAGCUUAGUCGUUGAAGGGGGGUGAAUCCAGACAGCUGCAGAACAGACAAAAUCACAGACUUUGGGAUAGGAAUUCAACGAAUUUGAGAAACGAAAAACCACCUGUAAGGUUUCCCGAAUGACCUUGUUUAUGUGCUCUUUUAAGUGAUCAGGAAAAAAAAAUAUGUGAAAUUCGGAACUAAACAGAUGGGAUUUUCGAUAUUUCAAAAAUUUUCAAAAUGAGGGAACGAGACAAGUUUGACGAAUUCAACUAACAUUUUUAGGAAUUUCUGUUUCUGUGAGCACUGAGAACAUUCCGACUUCUUCUCUGCAAACUUGUAAGCUGAUUAACCACUUUGCACAUUUAAGGCAACUCUUUUUUCGAUAGCUUCAUUAGUUUAUUUAAAAUUUGAACAUCAAUCGAUAAUCCAGUUGAAAAUCGAAACCAGUUGAAUUACAAUUUAUUCUCACAAACGAGCAGGCGAACAAAAAAGGUUUAGCCUUGCAACUUCCAGCCAUCCAAAAUGAUCGAGAUCGAAUCGGGCCCACGAAAAAAGUGAAAAUGAGCAGCGGCUCCGACGACGAACAAGCGGCCACUCCACACCGACUCCACGACCAAGUAAGUAGUAUCUCUGUGAUCUCUGGAAUAAUGUUCGAGCACUCACUCGAGCUCUCGGACCUUUGAACUCACCAAAAAGGCGGGAGGGAGGGGGGUUCUCCUUUUUCCCGCUGUUUGUUUCAGUUUCCGUAUGCGGGGGUCUUGAAUUUCAACAUUCAUUUUCUUCUGUUUCAAAUGUUUUUUGGUGAUCCGUUGAGGUUCCCCCCGCAACAUUUGAAACCGAAUACGGAUCGGAAAAAAGAAAUCUUCUAGGCGUUAAAAAAAGAAUGGGAAAAGAGAAAGAAGCUAACAAACUCUAUUCUUGUUGUGUGUGUGCUUGUAUGCAAAAGUGUCUUUUCCAGGAAAUCAUCGACCAGCUGACACAAGUGGAAGGACUCUGCCAGGAGUUGCGACGAUGCAUAAUUCCCGAAGUGACCGGUGUAACGCACGCUCUGACGUCCCCUUGCCUACUUUUUGAAACCACCGAGUUGAAAGUAGACGUGAGUCUGGUGAUCAACUAGUCCGCCUCGACAUAUCACUCAUUUCAACUUUCUUCAGACGAACACCAUUUUCAAAGAGCUCUAUCCGGCGUCAAUGAACGACAUCCGGAUGUGGAACAUUCGCGAAAUGCGCAUUUGUAUCGAGUGGGCAAAAACUUUUGAUGUCUACCAACGCUUGAAUCUUUUCGAUCAGGUGUGUAAGCUUAGCAAAGGGCAACUAAUAUGUUUGAGCAGCUGAAGUUGCUCUUUUUUGGGAAUGUGACAUGAGAAAAUGUGGCUGGAAACCAGUAAUAUCGCAACUUUGAAAGAGCGGCAAGGGAUUGAAACAAAAUUGAAAUUUUUCAGUUCGCGUUAGUACGAAACUUUGCGUUUGCGUUCAACCUCUUGAACAGAGUAUUCUACUCCCCGGAUCAUGGACCGGAUAAGAUCGUCUUCCAAAACGGUGCUUUUAUCAUGCGGCAACCUCAACAACAGGUACUCGACACUAAACUUGCUUUGUCUUCAAGUUUCUAUUUCAGGUUCAACUCUCCGGAUGUCGGCCGAUCUACACACGUCAAAUGGAUGAAAUCAUGAUUCCAUUCCGAAAACUUCAGCUCAACGUCACCGAAUUCGCCACCUUCAAAGCGGCUCUAUUCUUUAAUCCAGGUGGAAAUCGGAAAAUGAAACGCGUUUCCGAAAAUAGACGAAUUUCAGACGCGCUGGAUUUGUCGCCAACCGCGAAACAAGAGGUUUUCGAGGAGAGAAACAAGUACUUGGGGGCGCUUUUCACGUGCAUCACACAAAAAGUCGGCAUUCCGACUGGUGUGCAAAAGUAUGGAAGUUUACUAAUGAUGACCGCCAGUAUACAGGUAACUCAUCGUUUUUCAAAAAUUGCAAAUGGAAAACUGUUUUUCAGAACAUUCUGGCGCAAAACGAGGAGAACAUGCAAGUAAUGGAACUGUUCAAAAACUGGGAAGUGGAUCCAUUUGUCAAGGAACUUUGUAUGAAGAGAGCUUGAUCCGGCUCGUCUCGCAUUUACUUUUAGUCCACUCGUUUCUUUGUCUUUUUCAGGAUCUCUUUUUUAUUUUCGAUAAUUGUUUAUUGCACCCUGACUAAUUUUUUCUGUGAAAAAACGUGUCACCCCCCCCCCCUUCCCCCAACAUCAUCCCUGUAGGAAUCGUCAUAGCUCUUUCCUCCCCCCGCUUCAUUCAGAAACCCUGUAAAUAUGCCAGUUUGUCGUUUGUUCCAGAUUAUUGUGAUAACCCAUAAAAUUCUAAUCAGCUCUUCCGUGCCAUCAAUCCUAAAGUACUCCCCAUUGCCCUGUAGUAUAAUAAUAAUCGCUCUUGUAAACCGUAGAUUUCAGACUUUUAUUUGCAUGGAAUUAGUGCAAAACUUGAACUUUUCGUUUUUGUACGUCCUAAAUCAGUUGUUCUUCAAAAAUCAAAACCCUUUUCUCUUUUUCUCUCUUCCUGUUCCUUUCCCGCUUCAACUUCCACUCAAGACCCAGUAAGAUCCACUCUCAGAACAUGUUUUAGCAACUCUCAUGCUAUUCACGUUUUCACCCCCAUCCUGUACUGGUAUUGUACCCCUUCUCUCUCUCUCUCUCUCUCUCUCCCACCCCCUUCGUUUUGAUCGUCAUCCUUGCACUGAAAGCAAUCACGAUAGUUAAGGAUGAACCCUCUGUCAGUAAACCCCGUUUGAUUUUCAUAAAGCCACUGAAUCUGUGCUACUACUUGGUUUGGUUCAAAAGUUUAAAAGUAUCAAUAAAAAAUGCUUAGUCGUCAAAACUUUUGUCCAAAAACAUUGGCAAGUGAGAUAUUUUAACCCAUUAUAUUAUUGUGGCGGCGGCUCUUGCUGCCUGCUCCGCGACGGCCGUCGUUUUCGUUUUGAAAACUGUGUAAUAAAGUCCGCGGCUCCGCUGAGAAACACAUGCUCGUCGAGAUUUCGCUCGUUUCCUUCUCACCCCCGCUUUUCCGGAUCAUUGUGCAAGAAAUCUGGAGCGGGCGACGGAAAUGCGAAUUGGAAAUGCGCUCAUUUCCAUAUUACUAAUCAGCUUCGGUGAUUGUUGGUCCGGUCGCCGAUCGUUCUUUAUUCCUGAUUUUCUAGGCUCUGGAGGUAAUUGAGUUAGCUGUCAGCUUUUGCAGUAAUUGCAUUUUCAAUAGUUCUUUAUAUAAUAUGUACCAAUGCUUGAUAAGGUUACUGGCCAGAGAUCUCUGUUAGAUCCAUAACAAAACUUCCUCAAAAACAAUUUGUUAAUUCCAGAUGGGACACCAAAGUCCAAAACAGAAACGGUGAUCGAAGAAAGGAUGGAAUAUGGUCGCAUGAUUCUUUUGGUGUGCAAUAAAACAUGCGCAAAACACAGAUCCGAUGUAAGACUCUUGAUAUUAGAUGUUUGAGCGUUUGUCUUAAACCCGAAAUCCGUAUUUUUUCGAAACAUCAAUCCUCUUACUUUGUUUUGAAACUAAAACUGAGCCAAACCAAUGUUUUUUGAUGAUGCGUACACAUGUAAGUGUGCAACGUUUCCUUUUAGAUUCCGCUAUGGCUGAAGGAAUUCAAUCAGGAGAGGGGUUAUGAAGAUCCCGAAACGAUUACCUACUACUACCACACUUAUCGCCAACCAGUUUCGUUUAUCAACCCGAAUGAGACGACAGCUUUUCCAAAUUUGAUCUAUUUCAUAGGUCUGCAACGAGUUGUUUACAAUGGAGAUGUGAAUUUGAAGGUCGGUGGUUUGCUGAAGGUGCUGGUUUUAUUGGCGGUUAAGUGCUUUGGCGUCAGAAGUGUACCAAGUUGAUAGCUCAGUGAAAAUCAUUGUAAAAGUGUACAUUUGACCUUCGGCAAUGUCUCUGAAAUUAAGCUGGUCCUUUCAAGUUUCGACCGGGCCGGGCCCGAUGCAAGAAUCAUUUCAUUAUUUCAUUGACUCCCAAGAGUCCGUUCCGGAAAGAUAGUUCCUUGUUGAUGACAGUAGCGUGAACCAGAUAGCUGUGUUACUUCCUGGCUGAAACCAACAUAAUUUCUUCGUAUUUAUUCCCUUGUUUCAUUCCAGGAAGAUGUCUAUUCCUGGCUGUCAACCAUCGACAGCCUCAAUCUGAUGCAACCUAAAACCUACGACGAGUUGAAUUCGAUCCUUUCUGCCACAUCGAAUUGCUCAAGCAAGUACCUACUAUUAGCCGACCGACCACAAUGCCCCCAAGCUUCCUGGUCCAUUGUAGCGAGGUUUGCGCGAAGCAAAAAUUGAACAAUAUUGGAAAUAAUUCCUUCAGAAUAGCUCAGGAUCAUUCAAUUCAACCUGUCAAAAUCGAAUAUCCGUUGGAGAGCCUGUCAUACGUGCUGCUUUACAAACGGAUGCCGCUCCUAUCGGAAGCAUCAUGUCAUCUGUCAGUUCUUCUUUACGAGGACAGUUAUUCCGAUUUCGGCGAUGACAUCAAUCCGCUGAUUGUAGGUGACGCAGUCUCAAUCAAUCAAUCAGUCUGAAUUCAGGUUUCCGAUUGGAUAACCACUUUAUUGCCGCUCGAAGAAGGAAGUUGUCCGGCUCUUUUCGAGGCCUAUUGGCAUCCAAUUGAAGAUGAGCUCACCGAGCUGCAGCAAAUCUUCUUCUCUGCCGAAUUGGAAAUUACCGAGCGCAACAAGAGGCCCGUGUUCUUUCUGGUGGGGCUGACUGGCGGAAUUGCCGUGAUCAUUUUGGCAGUUAGUAUAUUCUGGGGAUUGAAUGGAUCUGGAUUCAAUGAAGAGUAA